GGCCGCGAUGUCUGUUGACAGCGGCGGGGCGGCCGGUUCCGGGGCCGGCGCGGGGCGCGGGGCGUGAGUCCGAUGGAGCCGCCCGGGGGAGGCGAGCAGCCGCCGCAGCAGCCCUGGGGGAGGCUCCUCCGCCUGGGCGCAGAGGAGAGCGAGCCGCACGUCCUGCUGUGGAAACGCGAGUGGACCAUCGGGCGGAGGCGAGGUUGUGACCUCUCCUUCCCUAGCAAUAAACUGGUCUCUGGAGAUCACUGUAAAAUACUUGUGGAUGAGAAGUCUGGCCAGGCAACACUGGAAGAUACCAGUACCAACGGAACUGUGAUCAACAAGCUGAAGGUGGUUAAGAAGCAGACUUGUCCUCUGCAGACGGGGGAUGUCAUCUACUUGGUGUACAGGAAAAACGAGCCCGAACACAAUGUGGCAUACCUCUAUGAAUCUCUACGUGAAAAGCAAGGCAUGACACGAGAAUCCUUUGAAGCCAAUAAAGAAAAUGUGUUCCAUGUGACCAAAGAGUCCUCAGGUCCAGGACGAGGUGACGACCCCCAGGUCCCACCUUCGUUGUCUCCCGCCACUCAGGCAUGCUUGGAGGAACCACAGCCAUCAACGUCGACAUCAGACCUCUUCCCCAGGGCCUCCACCUCUUCCACAGAGCCGACUGCCACAGGGCGAGAACAUUCCUUCAGCUCUGGACCCGGGGGUACAGGAUUUUCCCUAAAAGGAUGUGGUCCAUCUGUGGGAAGUAGUGAACUCUCCAGCCUUACGUCAGCUCUCCCAGACAGAGAGGGAGCACAGUUUUCUUUGCUGGAACCCCAGAACCAGGAGGAUCUGGAGCCCAUGAAAAAGAAAAUGAAAGCAGGUGAGGCACUUGACCCGAACCUGCAGCAGUUGGUUGCAGACCAGGGUAGAAAUACCCAACCUCCCCGUGAGGAUGUCAGAGCUGCUGCCAUGAAGCCAGACAAGAUGGAGGAGACGCUCACAUGCAUCAUCUGCCAGGACCUGCUGCACGACUGCGUGAGCUUGCAGCCCUGCAUGCACACGUUCUGUGCAGCUUGCUACUCUGGCUGGAUGGAGCGCUCCUCCCUGUGUCCCACCUGCCGCUGUCCAGUGGAGCGGAUCUGUAAGAACCACAUCCUCAACAACCUUGUGGAAGCAUACCUCAUCCAGCACCCAGACAAGAGUCGCAGUGAAGAAGAUAUGAGAAGUAUGGAUGCCAGGAAUAAAAUCACCCAAGACAUGCUGCAGCCCAAAGUCAAGAGGUCUUUUUCUGAUGAAGAGGGGAGUUCAGAGGACCUGCUGGAGCUGUCAGAUGUUGACAGCGAGUCCUCAGACAUCAGUCAGCCAUACAUCGUGUGCAGACAGUGCCCCGAGUACAGAAGGCAAGCGGUGCAGCCCCUUCCCUGCCCAGCACCCGACAGUGAGCCGGGGGCCCAGCAGGCCCUUGGUGGGGAUGCACCAUCAGCGUCUGCCAGCUUCACGGCAGCAGCCCAGGAUUAUGUGUGCCCUCUACAAGGAAGCCACGCCAUCUGCACCUGCUGCUUCCAGCCCAUGCCUGAUCGGAGAGCGGAGCGGGAGCAGGACCCACGUGUGGCCCCUCAGCAAUGUUCAGUCUGCCUACAGCCCUUCUGUCACCUGUACUGGGGCUGCACCCGCACUGGUUGCUUUGGCUGCCUUGCCCCUUUCUGUGAGCUCAACCUGGGGGACAAGUGUCUGGAUGGAGUGCUGAACAGCAAUAACUACGAGUCAGACAUCCUGAAGAAUUACCUGGCAACCAGGGGUCUGACAUGGAAAAACAUGUUGACAGAGAGUCUUGUGGCUCUUCAGCGGGGAGUGUUUUUACUGUCUGAUUACAGAAUCACUGGGAACACUGUACUGUGUUACUGCUGUGGGCUGCGUAGUUUCCGGGAGCUGACCUAUCAGUAUCGGCAGAACAUUCCUGCUUCUGAGUUACCAGUGGCUGUGGCAUCCCGUCCUGAUUGCUACUGGGGCCGUAACUGCCGCACUCAGGUGAAAGCCCACCAUGCCAUGAAAUUCAAUCACAUCUGUGAACAAACCAGGUUCAAGAACUGAACAUCAAGGGGACAUACAGGCAGAUUGGAGCACUGGAGGCAGGGACGCUGCAGUUAAGAAUUCUGAACACCAACACAUUAAGGGCAUUUUUACAGUCCCCCUAAGCAAUGCUGAGUCUCUGGUCAGUUCUGUUGUGUGACUUUUCCUUUUGUGGAGUUUAUUCCCAGGCAGCCUCUGGCCACAGCCAUCCUCCUGGUGAGUGGUAGGAGCAGCUGGCUGAGGCCUCCUGCCAGGUGCACAGCUGCCCCACCCAUGGAGGUGGGGUAGUGCAGGUUUGCUCUUUUUGUACUGCUUAUCCCAUACUGCUUUUCCAUAACUGCAGUUAAAAUGGAAAUCUCUUUUCAGGAAAAAUUUCACGGGAAAAAGAGGAAGUUUAAUCAGAAGCAUUCUGCUUAAGAAAAGGGAGAGUAAGUUUACAGCCUACAGGAUGUACAGAAUACAACGCUGUUGAGGAAACCAUACCUUUUAUAUAUUUUUAAUGGGUUUGGUGCUUAUCUGAUAAGAUUUAAAUAUUACAAACUGUAGCACAAAUAAUAUAAUUUGCAAAUUUACUAAAAUCGGGGAUAGUAUGAUAUCUGAAAGAAUGAGCAUAUGUUUCUAUUUGUUAAAACAAUCAUCAAAUGUCCACAACAGCUAACCCUGGACAUGACUUUCAGGUUAGCAGCUCCUUUCUAAAGUGUGUGAGUUGCGUCCACUAUCCUCAAUGCAGGGCUGGCAGGUCCUUUUGUGGAGGGAGGAUGAGGUUGCCAGCCCUGUGAGAUCCCCCUGCAGCUGGGUGGGUCUGGGGCCACUGCUUCCUGAUCCCUUUCCUCCUCUGUUAGGUUUGCCAUGUCAUCUGGAAUAAUACUUGAAAUUUUGGUUUUUGUUAAAAAAAAAAAGAAAAGAAAAAGUUUUUUUAUCUUUUGUCGAAAUCACCUGUUAAGUUUGUUUGCAAACUGGUAACUUUUUUGCUUCUUCUCAGGAAUACAAUUUUCAACUGUUGUCUUGCUCUUGAUACAGAUUGAGAGGCAGCAUUCUGUAUUUGUGGGAGAAAGUUCUCUUUUUUGAUUCUAAUAAACAAGCUGUGUUUGUUUCUCC